AUGGCCGCAGAUCUCGCCGAAGUCGCCGCUUUCAUUGCCGGAAUACAAAUCUUCAAAACCAUCCUGUGGAUCGUGCUAUCCCUGCCGCGAGAAAAUAAGUCAGAUCAUUGUGCUAGGAGCUGGUCGGACCUUCCCUGGGAUCUUCUUGACCGCAUCCUGCAACACCUUGAGCUCCCCGGAGCUCUUGCUGUGGCAGCCGUCUGCACUUCAUGGCGCUCUGCCGCGGUGGCUUCCGGCGUCCGUUCUGGCACACCUUGGCUUGUGUCCCGCGAAUCUGAGCCUCUCACGAAAACGAAAGGCAGUGAGUUCCGCAACGUUCUCGACCCCGAUAAGAUACACAUGGUUAGCUAUCCUCAAGGACGGCGUAACCUCUCUUGGUGUGGAGCCUCCCAUGGUUGGCUCAUUGCCUCUGACGAACUCUCCAAUCUUUUGUUCUGCAAUCCCUUCACGUUGGCCAUGAUCCCUCUCCCGCCUAUUACUGAUCUGGAAUGUGUCGAGGGAGUCUACGACAAUGAUAGAAGCAUUGCUGGUUAUUAUUAUGGAAAUUCUGACAAGCUUAUCAGUCCUCCAGAUUACAUUGGCCGCUGGUUCUACCAGAAGGUGGUGUUGUCAUCUGAUCCAUCUCCAUCUCACGACGGUGGUGACUACAUUGCCAUGGCCAUCUAUGGGAAUAAUCAGGUUUCUUUUGCGAGAGCAAGAGAGAACAGCUGGCGACAUGGUACGGCUCUUAGUGAGAUGGGGAAGGAUUCAUACGCUGAUUGUGUCUACCACAAUGGCAGAUUCUACACGGUGACAAUGUGUGGGGUGGUCGAGACAUGGGAUCUCAAUAGAGAGCCAGCGCAUGAACCAAACAAACAGGUGAUCAUUGCUGGCGGGGAUGGAAGAUACAGGAGGAUUCUUACCCGGUUCCUGGUGUCUACUCCCUGGGGUUGUCUCCUGCAGAUCCGAACUCAACGGCGCAAUGAUCAUCCUAGGAAGGUCAUGGUUGAGGUGUUUGAAGUCAAUGUCGAGGAGCACAAACUUGUCAGACUGAGUUCUGCCACAGCCUUCCAGGAGCACGCAGUGUUUGUUGGGUUGAAUGAAUCCGUAUGUUUGCAUACCAAAGAUUACAAGGAGCUAAGACCCAACCAUGUCUAUUUUGCCACACCUUGGUUGACACAGGAAGCAAAUUUUGGUCUCAGGGGCUGGAAAGGUGUAGUGAUUUAUGACCUGGAAAAUCAGACGUUUGAGGAAGUUCUUCCUGCAUCUAAAUAUUCUGCAUUUUGUCCCCAGCAAGUUUGGUUCAUUCCAAAUAUCUGA